UGAGAGUUACUGUCGCAGUGGUGCGAUUCUUCCCACGCUUGUAUCCUUCGGGCGCAACCUUCAUCUCAUCCAUCCACCUUCAAGCUUCAAGCUUCAAGGUCCAACUAUACUUUUUGACGAAUCAGGUCAGUCUCGCAUCAAGCAUUGAUGAAGACGAUGUGCAGAUUCGCUUCACACGGGUAACGCUUGCUGGUCUAGCCUCUCUAAUGAGCGGACGUUAUAAAACUCUUCAUGUCUCUUUGAAAAAGAGGCCAUGACUGGGGUAAAAAGAGCAACACGGGUGCCUCGUUCAUAGCUUACUAUGGACCUGUGCUGAGAUCAUACCGUUGAGCGGAUCAGGAUAAUGCCUGCGUCGCUAGUUGUUUAAUAUUGUCGUGUGCUCACAAGGUUGCAGCAAACAUGUCGGAUUGGCGUACAAUAUCGAAUGCCAGCGAUAGAUUAAAAUGGUAUCAAAACAAGGGCCAGUUAAAACUCAACUUCUUCUUGAGCAUCAUUUUCGUCGGAAUGGUUCUCAAUGGAUAUGACGGAUCCCUCGUAUCCGGUCUUCAAGCUUCGGAUGCCUGGCAGGCUGAUCUCGGAUAUCCUGAUGGCGUUCGACUCGGUCUUCUUAACGCCAUCGGAAGUAUCAGCGGCUUGUUCGUUGGUCCUAUCAUCACUUACAUCGACGAGAAUCUUGGUAGGCGAUGGGGUAUUCGAUUUUACGGCUAUACUAUGCUCAUUGGCUCAGUGAUUGGUUGUAUCGCUGGCGUUUCGGGUGCCAACGGAUAUGGUCUUUUUGUCGCCGGCAGAGCUAUAAUCGGUCUUGGCCUUGCCUCCUUCCUCAUGACCAGUCUUAUUGUGGUUCAAGAAAUCACCCAUCCUCGCUCUAGGGAGGCUAUCGCAGCGUCAUGGGAUUCUUACUGGAUUCUGGGUAGUGUUAUUGCCGCCUGGGUCAAUUUUGGUUGCGUAGGCUUCAUCACUUCAUCCUGGUCGUGGCGCAUUCCCUAUAUUAUUCAAGUCCCAUUCGCACUCUAUAUCCUGAUUGCCGUACAAUUUGUGCCCGAAACUCCUCGAUUCCUCCUCGCCAGAGGUCGUGAUGCGGAAGCUUACGCCUUCUUGGUGGAAUACCAUGGGAACGGGGAUGUGGACGACCCCCUUGUCCGUUUCGAAUUCAAGGAAAUGAAAGAGGCGAUUCGUACAGAGCAAGCUGCGAAAGCGGAGAAGUGGUCCACGAUUUUGAAGAAAAGAUCUAAUCUCCACCGCCUUGGGUUGGCGGCAUUGAUGGUUUUCUUGACGAACCUUUCUGGAUCGUCAAUCAUCUACUUCUAUUACACUACUGUUUUCGACCUUGUCGGCAUUACCGACGCCACUACUCAAACAGGUAUUCAGGCUGGGCUCAGCAUGUUUACCUGGUUCUGUCAAAUUGCAGCGGUGUAUGUUGGCAAGUAUGUCGGGAGAAGAAAGAUCUUGCUCUUUAUCUGGCCGACUCUUCUUCUCAGUCUCGUUGGUCUUUGUGUUUCGAGCGGUGUAUUUGCGAACGCGUCUGAGAACAAUAAUCGUGCAGGCGUUGCGACAGUCGCGCUGGUUUGGAUCUACCUCGGCUUCUUCAACGCUUCUAACCCUGUUCUAUAUUCCUAUCCCGCUGAAGUGCAAACCUUCUCAAUGCGAAGCAAGGGUCUCCUAGUUUGGAAUACUGUCUCACAGCUCAUGAGUGCAUAUGUCACUUGGGUUGAUGCGAUUGCCCUUGAUGCGAUUGGUUACAAGUAUUACAUUGUCUACAUGCCGCUCGUGGUCAUUCAAUGGGUGCUUGUGUACUUCUGCAAGUCGUCUCUCUCGAUUAAUCAAAACAUGUGGAAUUACUAUCUAACCUAUCGUUUUAUAGACAUGGUUGAGACCAAGGGAUACACCCUGGAAGAAAUUGCCACUGUGUUUGAUGGAAAAAAUCCAAGCUUGACGAGUGUUGAUAUCCUUCCGCCUGGAGAGCAACAAGGUGGUGAGGCUGACGACUCCAAAUCCCGAGAGGAUGGUGUCGAGUAA